UGGCUCAAUAUCUGUUUUACCUGCAACAGUACACACUUAAAUCAUGAUUCCAAAGUUAAUUUUAUCUUUAUUAAUAAUAACAUGUGUAUCUUGUGAGAAAUUUCGAUUCGACAACUAUACUUUGUAUAAAAUAUUGCCAAAGGACUUGAACGAGAUCAAAGUUUUGCAGAACCUGUAUGACAGUGAUACUCGGUUUGAUUUCUGGAGAGACCCGGUACCAAAUGCUGAAUAUGUUACUGUCGUCUCAGCUCCCAAGUAUAAGGGGGAAUUGGAAGGCUUGCUUAACAGAAGUGGGAUAGCGUUUGAAGUCGCGAUGCAGAACAUUCAAAACGCUAUCGACAAAGAAAGAGUGGGUCAAUACAACAGAAAUAAUAUCUGGAGUAUGAGAUGGGAUAGAUACUACGACUUAAGUGCAAUCAAUGCUUGGUUAGAUGAUCUGGCCAGACAAUUUCCAUCUCUCGUGACAAUAGUAAGCGCUGGUACUUCUUACGAAGGCCGAGAUAUAAAAGGAGUCAAGAUCUCGCACGGCGAAGGUCGAAGAAUAAUUUUUAUAGAAAGUGGAAUACACUCUAGAGAAUGGAUUACUCCAUCGACAGUUUGCUAUGCUAUAAGCCAGCUUCUUACGAGUACUGAUCCUGAAACUAUGGCGGCGGCGCGUGAUUUUGAUUGGUACAUUUUUCCUGUCACUAAUCCAGAUGGGUAUGUCUGGACUCAUACGGAGUUCAGAUUAUGGCGCAAAAACAGACGCCCCUAUGGCUCGGAAUUUGGUGUAGAUUUAAACAGAAAUUGGAACAGCAACUGGCUAGUGCGAGGAUCAUCCACAAAUCCAAGCUCAAUAAACUACGCCGGCCCUGGACCAUUCUCCGAGCCAGAGACUAAGCAUCUGGCGGAUUAUCUACGACCUCUGGCAGACAGGAUCGAAUUAUACCUGUCAAUGCACUCAUCUGGUCAGCUUCUGUUGAUACCUUUUGGAAAUACUACCGAGCCUUUGGCCAAUUAUCAUGAUGCGCUCAAUAUUGGAAGGCGGGCGAUGGGAGCUCUUUCUGUUAGAUACGGGACUCCGUACACAACCGGUAAUGUCGCUGAGGCUAUUUACUAUGCCACCGGCAUCACAGUAGACUGGGUAAAAGAACACCUCCAUGUCCCCUUGGUUUAUAUCUAUGAGCUUCGUGACCGAGGCACCUACGGCCAUCUACUCCCCCCAGACCAGAUCUUGCCAACUGCUGAAGAGACCAUGGACUCCUUCCUCGAUCUCAUUCACCAAGCAAGGAGGUUCGGAUAUAUGAACAGCGGAAACAGUCUCUCAGUUUCCUUGGGAAUGAAAAUUAUAUUAGGGAUUACGGUCUUGCAAAGAUUUUUGUAAUAAAAAAUAAUAAAAUAAUUUAUUCUAA